AUGGCCCGAUAUGUCUGGGGCCAUUUGCCUCCAGAGAUCCAACUCAUCAUCUUGAGACAUCUUGCUCAGGCCGAAUACGACGACAGAGCAUCCCUAGUUAGCUAUUCAACAGUGUGCAAGUCUUGGAGACCUGUAUUCGAAGAGCUUACAUUCCAAGAGAUAUACGUCAAGACAUCCGAAAUCAAGAUGUUUCAGAAGCUCUUUCGAACCCGGCGUCGCAAAUAUGUGCAGUAUAUCAAGUUAAAGCUCGAGUUCGCCAAACACCAAGCCCCCCCUACAAAGAAUAUCGCGACAGAGAAUUUGUUGGCAAUCGCCAACAAUGGAAUUGACGCAUCCCCUCUGCUGCCUGUACUAGAACGUGAGCAGAUGAAGGACAACAUCAGGUUCACCAAAACGCUUUGGGCCUUUCUCAGUCACCUGAGCCUUUGGGACCGAAACGAAACUUGCGGCGGCAUCUCUCUCGAGAUUACGACAUAUUCCCCAAGCUAUUCAAAAAAGAUGCUGAGAGCGAUCUUGGAAAAAGUGGCUUCAGGGUGGGCGUUACCAAAACCUGCUUCAAUUACGUCGUACACGUGGGCACGGUGUAUAUAUGCUGCCGCGCAUAAUUUUCAUUUCUCCCUUGAUUUCGAUUCUUCAACACUGCCAAGGGUUGCAGUCAUAUCCAGGUUCUCCAUCGGAGCAGGAGCAACUCGCAACUUCGAGCCCAGGGCAGUUGCAAUGCUUCUACAGUCGUUUCCCUCGAUUAAAGAAUUUGACCUGCACAUGCGGGUUAGCUAUGAGCAGAAAACCAGUCGGGUCACAGCCCAGAACUGGGUAAAGGCGCUGGAUAGCUGGCCCUCGUCGCUAAAGACAGUCCGCCUUCACCACAUACCCGGCGAAAGAAAUCGGUCUAUUUCACAAAGCCCGUUUCUUACACCGCUUGGGCAGAGGCUGGCCCAAUUCUCUCAGCAGCUAGAACACUUUUACGUCCCUUAUAGCAUCGAUGCGCAGGGGUUCUUUUCGGCAAAUGUCUUGCAAUGGGGUUCUCUUGAAAGAUUGAUUUUGUGGUCCAUUCAAGAUAUCCUAGACGAACUACCCAACACAACGAAUAUGCUCAUUAGGAGUGCGGCCCACGAAGCUCUACGCAUGCUCAGCAUUAGAUUCCUCAUCAUUUACAGUCUGGAUAACUACAGAGGAGCAAUUUUUUGCUAUGAAGUGGUGAACGAAGGCGUUCGGAUCAGCGUCAAGUGCAGCCAUCCUUUCAGAUUAGACGAGGCUUGCAAGAAGGAUUGGGAAUACGUGGCAAGAGAACAUAAUCAGGGAUACGUUGAAUGGCGGAUCGCAGAGUUGCCCGUUGACGUCAUCGACCUUGCCGUGGGUGGCGUUGUGAGGAAGAAUGUUGUGAGGAAGCAUCCUACUCAAGGUCCUGUGAGAGCUCGCCGUGGCCGGCGCCCGAAACGCCGACGUUAG